UGUCCGGGGAACGGUGGGCCAGGGGAGACAUGCAGGCACGUCACUCACUGCCGUCUGGGCGCCUAGACCAGGGGCACGUCGCCUAGAGCUACCGAAGACAAGCGUACCGAAGAUCGACAGCUCCAGGUCACGAUUUCAUGAUCCAGCAUUUCCCAACCAGCAUCAGCCAGCCACCACGACAGACCAAACCAACUCUGCAGCACCCCUCUGGCCGCCUUGCAAGCACCACGCUCGGUUACCUACAUCCACAAUGAGCCGCGCCGUGGAGGCCAACCUCCUGUCGCUGCUCCCCACGCAGUCGGAGAACCUGCCAAAACCUCUUGUUGAUCUCGCCUCGUCCCUCUUCGCCCAAUCCAAACACAACAGCACUCUCAAGCAGGACGAGGAGAUCGCCCGAUCCUACGCCUGUUGCCACAUUGCCUGCGAGCGCCUCAAGAUCUCCCUCAACCUGCCCGACAUCCAACCUCGCCCGCCGAUCGCGCCCAAGGUGUACAAGCGCGUGUACGCCUACCUCGACAAUGUCCUCCCCGCGACGCCCAGCGGCCGCUCCGGACGCAUAAGAACGCCGUCCGCGAAGAUCAAGGACUCGGGGGUGUUCGGGUCCUCGCCUAGGACGCCCAGCCGGCCCACGCCCACGGCAGCACAGUCGCUCGCACAGUUCCGAUCACCGGCCACGGCCAAGAAGGGCGACGACACGCCGACAACCCCGGCUGGGCCAGGACGGCGGCCGGGACGGCCCAGGGGCUCGGCCUCCUCGUUCCCGGCGAAGAGGAAAGCCGGCGGCCAGGACAGUGUGCUGCCCGCGUGGGUCCGCCCGUCGAUCCAGCUGAUGUGCAAGACGCUCGGCUCGGAGCGGAUAGGCAAGACCGUGCUCGCGGGAUUGCAGUCCAUUGCGGCGCCGCGGGGCCGGGCGUCGACGGACCCCUGGAUCACGCAGAACCUCGCGCCUCUCCUGGCUGCGGUGUACUUUCUCGUGACGCUGCAGGUCCAGCACCUGGAGCGCGGGACACCCCCGGAUGACAAGGAGUACCGGGAGACGAGGAAGAUUAUACUGGGCGCGCUGAGCAAGGCGCCGGAAGAAGUGACGGUCAAGGGUAUGGACGAGGACGAGUUGUGGAUCGGCUGGACGGAUGUGGGCUCGAGGGACAUUGACGCGGCUGUGGCCAAAGUGGUCGAGAGCGGCUGGCAGGAUGGGGAGUGGUUCACGGGGAUCAAUCAACUUGUUGCGGGCAAGACGGACUCGGCGGCGGCGGCCGCUUCACAUCACGUUGUGCCGGGUGCAGAUGAGGAUGAUGGAGAUGUCGACAUGCAUGACCUGCCGCAGGAUGAGGGCAAGCUCGCCGAAGCCCUUCACGUGCAGAAGAGCGACACGAUGCUGCAGAGCAAGUGGGUGAUGACGGACAAGAAACGCAAGGACUACGAGCGGUGGCGAGACGAGAUGCUGCAACGGAUAGAGGCAGCUGAACAUGCCGGUGCUGUACAGGCUAUGGAGGCUUGAGGCUGGUUGACUCCAUGUCGUACGGCGUGCUCAUCAGUGGAAAAUUUGAUACCCAAUUGAGAUUCACAUACUGUAUGGUCUAUUUUGGAGCUUGGUUUCCCAGCUUUGCGCCAAGCUUCGACUGCUAGGCGUUCUACAAUUGUGGCGUUGCCGUCGCCGAGCUGUCAGCUCCUCAGCUAGAACUGGUUCAUGGAGAAAUAUCACGGUCAGCAAGCCGCUACUGAUUCGGAUGCGAUGGUUCCGUUGAACGGUCGCAGUAUUGACGUUCAG